AUGUCGGUGCCAGUGCUCACCUUCACCAGCAGCUACGGCGUCGUCCCCUGUUCUUUCGGCACUGCGGUAAGGGUGGUGCCGUCCAACGCUCCCCCCGUUAUCGAAGCUAGCGGUGCUGCUGUGUUCCGCGCCCACGUAGACCGCAACUCUCUCGACUUGGCUUCCAAGCACUCCCUCUCCCCCAUUUCCACCGAGCCUGCACUGUGCCCCGCCGUUAAGAGCGUUUGUUUCGUGUGUCGUGCAUUCGUGCAUGGGCCCCGCGCAUCAACCCCCCCUUCUCUCCCUGCAUCUCCCUGCCUGACGCAGAUUCCUGAAUCAAUCGUGCUGUCUACAAUCUCCAGUCCACCCCCUGUCGUCACUACACCGUCAUCCAUCUCGCCGCCCAACUCUCCCCCCGCCGCCGAGCCCCUGUCUUUUGCCAUGAAGCGACCAGGCCAGCUCAGUGACUCGCCCAACGCAAGGAGCAAGAGCGUAUCCGUGGCCGAUGGACAUGAAACCUUUGGCGUUCUGAACCGGCACCCGGCUCCCAAGCCCAUCGCCACUGAGCAGACCCUCAACACGUCGUUCCGCGUCGGUGUGAGCGAGGACAGGAAUAAGCGCUGCCGGCGGGUGAUGGAGGACUCGCACGCCUUCAUCUACGACUAUGGUGGCGUGCGCGGCCAAGGCUACUUUGCCGUCUUUGACGGUCACGCCGGCAAGCACGCGGCUGAAUGGUGCGGCCAGAACUUUCACGAGUACCUCCUGGACGGCGUUGUCGAGCACCCGGACGAGUCUAUGCCCGACGUCAUGAACGAGGUGUACCUUGCCGUCGACAGGCGCCUGUCCCAUGUGGCGUACAAGCACAAGACACACUCUGGAUGCACGGCAGUCACUGCGUUCCUGCGCGUCGAGCACAACGUGGACGGCGGCGCAUGCGGCUUCACCAACCCGGGGCUGUCGAGCCGCGGCCUCCUGGAGGGCCGUGGCGACGACGAGCUCGAGGCCAUGACCAGCCACUAUGGCUCGUCCCGCCGCUCGUCAAUGGGCGCUGGCUCUGGCGGCGUGGUUGGUGGCGCAGCGACACCAACGGCCGAGGGUCUGAGGCGCAAGCUGUCUGGCCGGCGGAUCCGCGACUUUGUGCGUGGCCUGACGGGCAGUGGACGAGAGCACGAGGAGGCGAUCGAGGACGACGCAACGUCGAGCGACAGCGGGCGCAUCGAGACCAUUGAGCCAAAGAGUGAACACGGAAUCCGCCGCAUGCUGUACACUGCCAACGUCGGUGACGCGCGCGCAGUGAUUUCGCGUGGUGGCAAGGCCGUCCGCCUCACGUACGACCACAAGGGCAGUGACGCACAAGAGGCCAAGCGUAUCACCGACGCCGGCGGCUUUGUCAUGAACAACCGCGUCAACGGCGUGCUCGCCGUCACGCGCUCGCUGGGCGAUGCGUCCAUGAAGGAGUUUGUCGUCGGCGCGCCAUACACCACCGAGACGACGCUGGACGACGACGACGAGUUUUUGAUCAUUGCGUGCGACGGCCUCUGGGACGUGUGCGAAGACCAAGAGGCCGUCGACCUCAUCCGUAACUUCCAGGACCCGCAAGAGGCCUCGAAGCGCCUCCUCGACCACGCGCUUAGCAACUAUUCGACCGACAACCUCAGCAUCAUGGUCGUGCGCUUCUACACUGGAAAGUAA